UUCGCUUGCUUCUUCGCGUUAUCGUUUUCCCGUAAGUGGGCAGUGUUUUCUUCGCCGUCGCGGCCCCCCAUACAGAUGAUUGAAUUGACAUUCAAGUGACAUUCCGUGCAGUCGUCGACGUCGUUUUUUUCGUGCAACCAUUGGAAGCGACAGAAAAUCGUCCGUAGGCUAGGUUUUUACUUUUCAUUUUAUGAGUGAAAAUGUUCUGAAAGCGCACAGAAAUAGUUCGGUUGGUUGCUUAAAAUUGAUCUGCUGCGGAAGCACGUGGGUUUCCUCCAGACGAAACAGGCGUGGCGUUGAAAAAAAGGCUUUCUACUCUAGCUGCUCUACGUUGUGUCGCAAGGCAAGGAAAAGAAUCAGACCGAACUAGUUCACGCACACGGUUGAGAUUUCAGCUGGUAAUUGGCUAGGAUGAGGAGCCGCAGCAAUUCCGGUGUCCGGCUGGACUAUUACCAGCGGAUUGUGCACCGGUUGAUCAUGUCCCAUCAGCAACCUGUAACCGGAUUGUUUCCCGCUAGUUCAGAAAAUUCACAUGCCUGGGUUCGCGAUAAUGUUUAUUGUAUUUUGGCCGUUUGGGGUUUGUCGAUGGCGUACAAGAAAAUUGCCGACCAGGAUGAGGAUCGGGCCAAAGCGUACGAGCUGGAACAGUGCUGCGUGAAGUUGAUGCGCGGCUUACUGAUGGCCAUGAUGAAUCAGAAGGACAAAGUGGAGCGGUUCAAGAUUUCGCAGAACCCGCUCGACUCGCUGCAUGCGAAAUAUUCGAGCAAAAACGGUCAACCCGUGGUUGGCGAUGGCGAAUGGGGCCACUUGCAGAUUGACGCGAUCUCACUGUACUUGUUGAUUUUGGCUCAGAUGACCGCAUCUGGGUUACAGAUUGUAUUCUCCCUAGACGAGGUGUCUUUUAUACAGAAUUUAGUUUUCUACAUCGAGUCCGCUUACUGCAUUCCGGACUACGGUAUAUGGGAGAGGGGAGACAAAUCGAAUCACGGUCAGACCGAGUUAAAUGCCAGCUCGAUUGGAAUGGCGAAAGCCGCACUGGAGGCUAUGAACGAGCUGGACUUGUUUGGAGCUCGCGGAGGUUCGGGCAGUGUGAUUCACGUGUUGGCAGAUGAGGCUCACAAGUGCCAAGCUGUGUUGCAGUCAAUGCUGCCAAGAGAGUCCAACAGCAAAGAACUGGAUGCCGGAUUGCUGUCGGUAAUUGGUUUCCCUGCUUUUGCGUGUGAUGACCCGCAGCUGAUUGAAGCUACCCAAGAUGCUAUUGUUAAUCGCCUGCAAGGACGCUAUGGGUGUAAGAGAUUUCUUCGUGACGGUUAUAAAACCCCUAAUGAGGACGUUACGAGACUGUACUAUGAACCGUGGGAGCUACGUAUGUUCGAAAAUAUUGAGAGCGAGUGGCCUUUGUUCUUUUGCUACCUAAUUCUGAACAAAGCGUUUCAGAACGACAAGGAAUCUGUCAAUGAGUACUCAAACAAGUUGGAGGAAAUUUUGGUUAAGACCGAAGAGGGAAUGCGACUGGUUCCGGAGUUGUAUGCCGUCCCGGCCAAUGUUGUAAGUUCGGAGUAUCAAUUGCCGGGUUCACAGCAGCGAGACGUCGUUGGGCGUUGUCCAUUUUUGUGGGGUCAAUCAUUGUAUAUUUUGGGAAAGCUGCUACAGGAGGGCUUCCUAGCUGUUGGUGAAUUGGAUCCGCUUAAUCGUCGUUUGGGAGCCCAGAAGAAACCCGAUGUGGUUGUGCAGGUAGUGAUUCUGGCUGAAGACAACGACAUUCGUGACAAACUCGCAGAACACGGCAUUCAUGUUCAGACCAUCGCAGAUGUGGCUCCAAUAGAGGUACAACCGGCUCGUGUUCUAAGCCAUCUGUACACUUAUCUUGGUCGAAACAAGAAGCUUGGCCUCAGCGGUCGUAAAUCCCGUGACGUCGGUAUUCUCAGUACCAGCAAGCUGUACUCUCUGAAAGAUCGCAUCUUCGCCUUCACACCUCAGAUCUUUGACUAUGACGAAUACUACACGUCCCGCGAUCCGGCCUUGCUGGUCAGCAAUUUCAUGGACGUUCUUGCGUUCCUCAGCAUUAGCUGGCACCAUCUGUUGGGUCGGCCAACGAUCACACUGACCGCCAAUCAUUGGCUCAUAGACAACAACAAAGUGCCUCUGGCAAUGAUGCAAACGAUGAAGAAGCUUAAGUCCGGCUACAUCAACGGCACCCGAGUGAUCCUGGGCAAUUUGGGUGAUUUCAUCAAUACCUCGGCCAUCACUGACCUGAGUUUCCUUGGUAGCCAGGAGGAUGGUUAUCCAGAUAAGUUGAACCCCUCGGUACAAUCCUAUCUGGAGGAACAUUUAUUGCGGUCAUUCAGCCACCGCACUUCUACCACCUCCAUACGGUCGUCUGGAUUGCGCCCGAGAAACUUGCGCCGUCGGAUGUCGGUCAAGGGCGCCAUCAAGAAGACACGCUCCAUUAAUGUGGAUUCGGAAACCCUUGGCAUGGAGGGCAGCGUAACCGAGCGCCGUUUGUCUCACUCGAUUACUCCCCAGUGGUUGGAGCCUAAUCAGGAUGGAACCGUGCAAACUUCGCGGGAUACUUCACCGAAUCAAGUUGGUCGCUACGGAGAGCAACGGGUUUCGAUUGACGAGAACAAGAAGUUGCACAUUCAAACUUCGGCUACCUCUGCCACGCCGAAGAUUCAGGUUCAACCUCUGCCCAGACAUCGAACGGCAACAGAGACCAACUUCGAAAACACCGAGGUAGAAGAGCUUAUCGCAAUGCUGCGCGAAACGGAAAGUCUGGAAGAGCAGGGCGAUAUUUUGCAACAUUUGGUGGAUACUCAAGGAUUGGACUUCAACACCGAAGUCGUUGGCGGAGGUGCUAAUGAUGAUUCCCAAUCCCAAGGAAUGCUGGAGGAAGGUCGCGUCGUUACCGUCCGUGGGCUUCUCAAGGGUCUGUACGAGAAGGCUUGCCAGCAGAAGAUGUGGGGUCUGGUCCGUCACACUGCUGGAAUGCUGGGCAAGCGAGUUGAAGAUCUGGCCAAAGCUGUCACCGAUUUACUCGUCCGUCAGAAACAGGUCACCGUCGGAAUGCCCCCGAAUAGCGAAUACACCAUCACGGCUCCUCUGCCGGAGGCAGAGCUGCGUACUUUGAUUCACGAAGCAUACGGCGACGAUGAAAGUACGGCUAUGUUGACCCAGGAACUGCUCGUCUAUUUGGCUAUGUUUAUCCGCACGGAACCACAACUUUUCCACGAGAUGCUUCGGCUUCGCGUCGGUCUCAUCAUCCAGGUCAUGGCGAAAGAACUAUCGCGCACUCUGAACUGCGACGGUGAACAAGCAUCGGAACAUUUGCUAAAUUUGUCUCCGUUCGAGAUGAAAAAUCUACUCCAUCACAUUCUCAGCGGAAAGGAAUUCGCAGUCAACAGUGUCGCUAGAGGAAAUAUUUCUAUCGUGAGUUGCAAAUCUAGCCGCGUCAGUAAGAAGAGUCAAAUCGGACUCGGCAAGGAAAGUGAGGAAGCGGAAGCCACGGUGAUUGAUGAUCGGCAGGGUCAGUGGUUGAGACGUCGCCGGCUGGACGGUGCUUUGAACCGUGUGCCUAGGGACUUUUAUCCUAGAGUGUGGACCGUGCUGGAACGUUGCCAGGGACUUGCCAUUGAAGGGCGUGUUCUGCCGCAAAGUUUAACACAAGAAAUGACUCCAAACGAGCUUAAAUUUGCACUGGAAGUGGAAACCGCUCUCAAUACUAUUCCCCAGCCGGAAUAUCGCCAGCUUGUGGUGGAAGCCUUGAUGGUGCUAACGCUGGUUACCGAGCACAACAUCAUUGCAUCACUGGGCGACAUCAUCUACGUGGAGCAUUUGGUCCACAAGGCGAACCAAUUAUUCUUGGAGGAUCAACGCAAAAUCCAAGGCGAUGCGAUGCUAUGCUGUGCAAAAAAUAAGGACAUCCGUGAGACGACAACAACUGGAUCGUUGCUCUGCGGAGGGGCAGCCUACAUCUGUCAGCAUCUGUACGACAGUGCACCCAGUGGAAGUUUCGGAACCAUGACCUACAUUGCACGGGCCGUCGCUUCGGUGCUGGAAGAUCUGCCGAAACAUGGCGAUAUGGAUUGUACGAUCUGCUAAAGUGCACUGCUACUCUACGAUUUAUGGGGCUCAGCUCUUCUAUUUAGUGUCCGAAAUUGUGCUUAAAAUUAACCGAAAGGAACGAUAGAAUUUGUUGUAGUUUUACAUUAGAAAAAGAAAAAAUAAUCAAUUGAUAUAUAGAGGAAUAGAGUGCAACCCGCCAGAUAUAUAACAAUUUGCAUGACAGAAUUGGGUUUGUCGUUCUUUUGUCGAGGAAUAAAUGUAGGUAGUUUCGUACAGCAAGAUUUUCGUGUUCGUGCGAUUGUGAAUCCUUUUUUUUUGAGUUGCUCUUACAAUAUUUUUAUACCUGCUAAUGAAAUAUUAUAAACAAUCACAUCUCCUCUUCUACGCGUGUUAGCUACUGUUACAGAUCAACUGCUACUACACUAUUAUUGUAUUGGUAUACAAGCAAUUCUACCAACAUAUGAAACAGAUUAUAAAGACAGAAACAAUUCUCAAGAGAAUAGCAUGAACAAUAUUUAAAAA